AUGCGGAGAGCCUUGUGGCUCACUGCAGGGGCUAUUAAUCGGUGGACGAGAGAAGAUAAUAUUCUCCUUUUGGGGCAUCGGGGAUCUCACACGGAAGCAACUGUGCAGCUGCCGACGUUGUCACCGCUUGCCCGUGUAAUAGGAUGCAUGGAGAGGAAAGACUUCGAUGGGGUAGUGCGGUUCUACGAAUCAGCUUUCCGGGAGGGUAAUGUUACACUGUGGGAGUUUGCAGGGGGCAUUGUUCACGCGAGGGACAUGGCACUCUGUCUCAUGCGAACCUUUACUGAGUUGGGUCGCAUGGAUCGCGUUCGUGAAGUGUUCAUGCUGGGACUCAGAGAUCUACGGCCCGUCCAUACUGUGGUGUCGUCCUCAAUAACAGGGGCGAGGGAAGCAUCGACAAGCCUUUCCUGUGGGAAAACUGUGCCUUUUUCACUUGUCAAUGCAAAUUUCUUCAAUGCGUAUUUGGAGGUGCUCACAAAACGCAAAAAUUUCUCCAGUGAUGAGGUUGCAUUUGUGUUGAAGGAGAUGAAAGCAGCGGAUGUGUCCCCCGAUGCCCUAACGUACCACUACCUCGUUGAAUUGCACAUUCGAAUGGGUGUUGAUCCCACAGGAUUGUGGAAUGACAUGCGGCAGGACUUUACGGUUCGGCCCCUUCCUUGCACUGUUCAUACACUCCUCCUGCAUGUAGUUCCUUCGGUAGCAGAUCCCUCCUUUGUUGUGGAUGUAACUCGUGAAGCCCUUCGGCAUGGGAGUAGUGUGAUGGAUAAGCGGCUGAUUUCAGAGAUGAUGGAACAAUGGCUGCACAACGCGCAAGAUUAUCCACCAGAGUAUGUACUGUGGCUCAUGUUUGAGCUGGAGCUUCGCUGUGUUGUUGACAAAGCGUCGUUUGUGCAGUUUGUGCAGAAGCGGCACGUAGCAGAGCUGCUUCAACGGUGUGCCAAGUGUGCGGAUGCAGACACGGCCGGGAAAGUGCUUGCAAUGAUGGACCGCCAUGUCAUGACGAAGACGGCGGAUAUUCUCAGCCUUGUGGUGUGGUGUUGGGCUCAAGCACAGGAAUUGGAGAAGGCAUUCGACUUGUUGGAACUGAUGGCACGUAAGGGACACCUUGAACUAACAGAUCCUUUUAGGAAAUACACAGUCGAUUGCCUCCGACAGGCGAUGGACCGCCACUUUAUGAUUGCACUGGCGGAUGCCGUAAGCUCUGUUUCCCUUCUCGACAGAGUCAUUUCACAUUUGCGUUGUCGGCGGCAACGGGGGCAGACUGUUUCUGUUCAUUCACUCGACCUUCUAGUACUUGCUGCGUCCAAACUGGGCGAGGAGCGGCGUGCUAUGGCGCUUGUGGGAAGCUACGUGGCCGAAUGGGGGGUGCAGCAGCGUACGAAUACGUACAACUGUCUACUUGUUGGACUUGCCUCCCGACGCGGUGCGACGUUGCAGCGCACUAUUUAUGAUGCAAUGCAAGGGAACGGUGUUACCCCCAACGCAUUUACAUUCCGUAUUCUUAUCCGGCAGGCAGUACUUGCUGACAGCAUCGAUGAGGCUAUUGAGUUCCUGCAAAAAGUCACUUCUCACACCGGUUUAAGGGUUGAGGUGGAAAUGAUACUACCGAUACUAGAGCGAGCUGCCCGUGCCGGAGAUGCAGAAACUGUUAACCGUAUUAGUAAGUUUGCACUUGACUGCGAUAUUGGCAUCGAUAGUGUCGUGCUCAACAAUGUUGUGAAGUUGCUGACAGAUGCUGGUCAGGAUGUGGAGGUAAUAAAGGGACACCAGCCACUGCAUGAGGCUCUGCGGUCUCGUUCGAAGGCUGGGAGGCAGCGAGCCCGAAAUGACAUCGUCAUUUGA